CACAUUCUAUGGAUAGAGAGACCCAUUUCCAUUUCCAAAUCCAAAACCCCAACUUCAUGAGGUAGAAGAACAAACCUCCCAACUUCACUCUCCAUCAAUGGCAGCCUGUACUUCCACUUCUCCUUCUUCUCUAAUGCUCACUUCUGCUUCUUCUUCUGUACAUCCCCAAGACCUCGCUUCCUCCAUCGUCUCUUUCAAGCCCAAACCCCAAAUUUCCACCAUCAAAUCCUUCUCCUCUUCUUCUCAUUUUCUCGGCUGGCCUAGGAGAUCAACCGAUUGGGUAUUUCUUCAUUUUCAGAGACGAGCCAGGCACCAUGUGAUCGUUGCAGCUCUCGCCGCUGAAGCGAAUGUCGCUGAGGUGGAAGCCGAGGAAGAGACGCCUACCGUCGCUGCACCUAAACCCAAGAAGGGGAAAGCCGCCUUACCCCUUAAAAGAGAUAGAAGGAGAUCUAAGAGAUUCUUGGAAAUUCAAAAACUGAGGGAAAACAAAAAAGAGUAUGACCUCAAGACAGCAAUAUCUCUGCUCAAGGAAAUGGGUAGCACAAAGUUUGUAGAAACAGCCGAAGCUCAUUUCCGGCUCAAUAUUGAUCCCAAAUACAAUGAUCAACAACUGAGAGCAACCGUAAAUCUGCCUAAAGGAACUGGCCAAACUGUAAGAGUAGCUGUUCUUACUCAAGGUGAGAGAUUUGAUGAGGCAAAAAAUGCUGGAGCUGAUUUGGUUGGAGGGGAGGACUUAAUAGAGCAGAUAAAAGGAGGAUUUAUGGAUUUUGACAAAUUGAUUGCUUCUCCAGACAUGAUGCCUAAGGUUGCUAGUCUUGGGAAGCUCCUAGGACCACGGGGACUCAUGCCAAAUCCAAAAGCCGGUACUGUAGCAACCAAUUUGCCUCAGGCAAUAGCAGAAUUCAAGCAGGGGAAAGUUGAAUACAGAGCAGAUAAAACUGGUAUAGUUCACUUACCAUUUGGAAAAGCUGACUUCAGCGAAGAGGACCUUCUCAUAAACUUGCUUGCUGCCAUAAAAUCAAUAGAAACCAAUAAGCCAUCAGGUGCAAAAGGUGUAUACUGGAAAAGCGCUCACAUAUGCUCGUCGAUGGGGCCUUCAAUACGGUUAAAUAUAAGGGAGAUGCUGGACUUCAAACUUCCCUCGAGUGCUUGACUAAAUAACAGACCUGUAAAUUCCUUCUGUUAGUUGAAUCAGCCUCUGGGGGAUCCACUGGAAUAUAAUGAUGCCCAAAUGUGAGCAGCACUGGAAACAAGAUGAUAGAAGAAACUAGGAAGAAGAGUGAGGAGACAUCGGAUAAUUAUGAUUGCACAGCAACAAGCAUACUGCAUAGUCUUCUAUACUGACUCAGUUUGUAUUAAUGGUGUUAAAGUUCUUAUUGAUCUACUACACUUCGAUUGACCUAUUGGGUUUUAAGGGGAAAAAGAUGAUAAAUGUACUUAAUUGUAUUGAUCAGUUGCUGCUCUUUUAUGUGGCGCAUUUUGAAAGUGUUGUUCUUGUUCGUUCGUCGUAAAGGGCAUUCGGUAAUGCAAUUAUGGUCCUAUUGAUCUAAGUUUCACAA